AUGUGUGCCGACUCGUCGUCAUCGGGCGCCGAGAGUGGGGUCGGCCUACAGGAGAACGACGACCCCUUCGCCAUCGAGCAGUUGACCUUUUGCACCGAUAGCCGGUACCUGUGUAUAGGCGGUGCCACCUCUCAAGUGAUCGGUUUUCGGUUCAGUAAACACGAGACCCAUAAUGAAGUGCCGGUGAUUGAGAUACCGAUGAAGUACGAGGACUCGGAGUACGAGGGGUCGACGGACACGGAGAUCGCGUGCGGCAUGUCGUCCCUCUUGACCCAGACCUCCAACGAGAGUCACGACAAUGUCGCGCAAAACUAUUUACUACACGUGCGAUCCGGACACCACAAACGACUGGCCGGCUUUCAAGCCGAGUUCGUGUGCCUUAGCCCGGGAGUCGACAGCACGACAGCGCCUCCCUAUCGGAUCACAUCCCUGUGUGUCAACUCAUACGCCAACCUGUAA